CCCAAGCCAGUUACAAUUACAUAUUUACAUAUUUACAUAUACGUGGUGCGCCCACAGUUUCUCGUCACUUCCAAAACCUUCUAACUUUCUCUCUCCUCUGAUCGCCACUUUACAUUUUCUCUCUCAUCUCAUCGCUCCUUCAAAACUCUUCUUCUUCCAUGGAUUCUGUCUUCGCUAAUGUCGUCCAAGCUCCCGAAGAUCCCAUUUUAGGGGUGACAGUUGCUUAUAACAAGGAUCCUAGCCCAGCUAAGCUGAAUUUAGGAGUUGGUGCUUAUCGAACUGAGGAAGGAAAACCUAUUGUGUUGAAUGUAGUCAGGAAAGCUGAGCAAUUGUUGGUUAAUGAUCCGUCUCACUUGAAGGAGUAUCUUCCGAUUCUUGGAUUGGCCGACUUCAAUAAGUUGACUGCAAAGCUCAUUCUUGGUGCUGACAGCCCUGCCGUAUUGGAGAACAGGAUCGCUACUGCCCAAUGUUUGUCAGGUACAGGGUCACUUAGGGUUGGUUCUGAAUUUCUGGCAAGACAUUACCACCAACACACAAUAUACAUUCCACAACCAACAUGGGGAAACCACCCAAAAGUUUUCACUUCAGGAGGGUUGAAUGUAAAGAGUUACCGAUACUAUGACCCGACAACACGGGGUCUGGACUUACAAGGUCUCUUAGAGGAUCUAAAUGCUGCUGACGCCGGAUCAGUAGUGCUUUUUCAUGCAUGCGCUCAUAAUCCAACAGGUGUUGAUCCUACCCCAGAACAAUGGGAACAGAUAAGACAGCUAGUAAGAUCAAAAGGGUUGUUGCCAUUCUUUGACAGUGCCUAUCAGGGUUUUGCUAGUGGCAGCCUUGAUGAAGAUGCGCAGUCUGUUCGUAUGUUUGUUGCAGAUGGAGGUGAAUGUUUCAUAGCUCAAAGUUAUGCAAAAAAUAUGGGUCUUUAUGGGGAACGUGUCGGUGCCCUCAGCAUUAUUUGGAUCUUUACUUGGUUUUUCAAACCUGCUUUGGAUUGGAAGUACUGGUUCAGGCAUGAAAAGAAGGUGUGCAAGGCAGCAGAUGUCGCGAGCAGGGUGGAAAGCCAACUGAAACUUGUGGUUAGACCUAUGUACUCCAACCCCCCUAUUCAUGGAGCAUCCAUUGUAGCCAAAGUACUCAAAGACAAGGAUUUGUAUGAUGAAUGGACUGCUGAGCUAAAGGGAAUGGCUGAUCGAAUUAUAAGCAUGCGCCAGCAGCUCUUUGAUGCAUUAACUGCUAGAGGUACACCUGGAGAUUGGAGUCACAUUAUCAAGCAGAUUGGCAUGUUUACUUUCACCGGCUUGAAUGCUGAACAAGUCAGUUUCAUGAGGAACGAGUACCAUAUCUACAUGACAUCUGAUGGGAGGAUAAGCAUGGCUGGUUUGAGUUCUCGGACUGUCCCACAUCUUGCGGAUGCUAUACAUGCUGCUGUUACUCGGGUUGCCUAGAUCAAGACUCGGUUUUUGAAUAACGUGGCUGGCUGAUGAGGUUGUUUUCCCCUCUGGCGAAGACCCACAAUCACCUAUUUUGCUUGUUUCUAGUAAAACUUUCCUGAUUUGGGAUUCUACUUGUAUUAGCUUGAGCUCAUAAGAUCAGGAUUAUUCGAAAAGUUGACGUUUUCCGAGUUUCAGGAAAAUAAAUACUCAGUAUGAGAUUGUGACUGAAGUGAAAUGGUCUUCAUUGCCUAUGGGUGAUCCGUGAUCAUCUUAGGUUUUUUUGAUUGUUUGAAAUUGUAAAUUUUAAUUGUUUAGGCUCUGCCAUCCCCAA